UGUGUUUGGUACUGUGAAGGGUUAGAGGCUUUGCAGUAGAGAGCCCAACUUUCUAAUCAUGCAUUAUAAUAUUUUCUAUGUUCUGGUACUGUGUGCUCUGUUCCAUCCAGGUAAACAGCAAUGCAGUGUGGACAUCACAGAGCGUAAAGAUUGUGGAUUUCCUGGGAUAAGUGCUAAGGAAUGCUAUUCCAGAGGCUGCUGCUUUAAUUCAAAUGUUCCUGGGGGUAAAUGGUGUUUUUACCCCAAAAGCACAGCAAGUGACAAGAAACAAUGUAACGUGGAACCGUACAACAGAAGGGAUUGCGGCUACCCCACAAUAAGUGCUAUGGAAUGUAAGGAGAGGAAUUGUUGCUUUGACUCCAGCAUUCGUGGGGUUAACUGGUGUUUCUACUCCAAGUCACAAGCAAGUGACCUGAAACAAUGUAACGUGGAACCGUACAGCAGAAGGGAUUGCGGCUACCCCACAAUAAGUGCUGCAGAAUGUAAGAGGAGGAAUUGUUGCUUUGACUCCAGCAUUCCUGGGGUUAACUGGUGUUUCUUCUCCAAGUCACAAGGAUGCUCUGUGAGCCCCAAGCUGAGGAAAGACUGUGGAUAUCCCAACAUCCGCUCCAAGGACUGUCUGGCUAGAGGCUGCUGUUUCGACUCCAGUAUUCCUGAGACCAUCUGGUGCUUCUAUGGAUAUAAAUAAAAUACUAACGAUACUCGGUACAACCGUCUCGUAACAAUCACCGGAGUCUCCGUACAGACAGCAUCCUGGUUCUGUGUGCUUUUUUUUUUUUUUUUUUUUUUUUUUUUUUGUAACCUAGAGAGCCGUCCUUUAUUGCUUAUCAAGGUUUAGAAUAAAAAUUGAUCUUUCCUAGAAGUGUUACCACAUUAUAUGUAAUAUCCAUGUUUUAUUAUACUGUAUAUGUGGAUUUUCUAUCAGUACAUUGAUUCCUAACAUACUUCACCCCACAAAUCAAAUUUGUGUAAUCAAAUAUAUAUAAACAAGUCCUUAAUGCA